CCGAAUGCAGGCGGGAUAGUAGCUCUGCAGCCUGUUACUGGGCAACAAAUCCAACCUGGCCUCACAAAUAAGAAUUUAUCUCAUGUAAAAGGUGAUUCACCUGUACACAGGAUCAACUGCCUGCUCUCCCAGCCCAGCUUGCAUAGUUAUUCAUGAAGCAAUUUCUGAUCGUCUUGGCUGUAUUUUCAGUGCUCGAGGCAGCUGGAGGGAAAGUGAGCGAGGAUCCAGGAACUAGUGUGGUUUAGUCCCUGCUCAUCCACAACCGCUCAAUGUGAUCUUGUCCAAGUCACCCCCAUUCUGGCACUGUGACUGCAGAGAGGUCACCAUGUCUGAAACGUGCAGCAUUUUCUUCUAUGAACUUUGAGAACAUCCUGACGUGGGAAACUGAAGCAGAUACUCCCCCUGGCACUGUAUUUGAUGUCCAAUAUAAACAGUAUGGAGAAAAAGUCUGGCUUAACAAGCGUGAGUGCCAAAGUAUCACGCAGCCUUUCUGCAAUCUCACUCGUGAAACAGAAAACUUCACGGAGCAUUACUACGCCAGGGUGAGGGCCUCUGGCCAGAACUACUGCUCCUCCAACUGGGUGCGCUCAGAAAGAUUUGAACCCAGAAAAGAGACUAUUAUUGGAGCACCAGAAGUAGAGUAUAUUCCUUAUGUACGAUCCAUAAAGUUUCUUAUACGGCCCCCCUAUACUCCACUGAGAGGUGAGGAUGACCACCAGCUAACCAUAGAGGACAUUUAUAGCAAAUUCGGUGCUGUUGAUUAUCACUUAACAAUAUUCAACCAAAGGACACACCAAAAGUGGACAAAGAAUGAGCAAAACAAAGAAUUUGAAAUUUCCAACUUGGAUCCAGACACUGAAUAUAAUGGAACAGUAUAUAUACAUCUCCUCCAGAGAAGCAGCAGAUCUCAAGUAUUUUGCGUUAAAACACUAGCAGACAACACGUGGCUUCUCUACUGUUUCGUGGCACUUGUAUUCUGUGCUGUGCUGGUGUUUGCUGCAAUUUGCUGUGUGAUCUACAAAUACAUCAAGCAACACAGUGCACAGCCUAUGUCUUUGGAUUUCAGAGGGAUUUCAUCAUUCCAGCCGCUUACACUGACAGUGGAGCAUAUUAUAAAGCCCAUUAAUUUAUCCAAACCUUCAGUUCUCAUCCCUGAAGUGCAGUUAUCACAGAUCAGCCAACAUUUGGACAGAGCACUGGAGCCACCAUGGUCUUUCCGUCCACCAGAAAUUGUCUAUCAGCAACAGAUGGAUGCACUGACAUUCCAGCUAGCCGCUCAGCCGCCCUGCUUGGCAAGCACAGCUCCCACUGGUUACACUCCUCAAAUAGCCGAGGAAAGUGUUCCUACUGCUGCAUCCAGCAAAAUACUGCCCGUAACCUAUGGGGUGUGUGUCGAAGGCAGAGACCAUGUUGACAAGAAGAAUUUGCAGCCAAACCAAAUUCUAAAGGAAGUUUCUCCAGAUAGUCCUGUUGGUGGAAAGCUCAUAACUCAGAUGCUGGGCCACACCUGCAGCGAUUGGAAUUACAAAGAACAGAGGCCAAACUUGGCAUUGUGGAACAGCAGUGACACAAGAGAGUCAGUUCUUUUACAGGGGAGCCCCGGGCAUACACAGGAACUGCUGUUGCAGACUGAUGGGAUGAAAAGUAAAGUGCAUGUGUCCCAGCUGUCACUGUCUUUGCUGGAACAAGGAGGAUGCUAUAGACGACAGACAGUAGAACUGCCACUGUUACUGUCUUCAGUGAAAGUUGACACAGACUGUGUUGCAGAGGAUGAAUUGCUGUCAUCUCUGUCAGCAGCUCUCCCCCUCUUAGUCAGUUCUGGUAAAAACUUCCCUGGAGAGAACAACACGGAGCAGUGGCUGUUGCCAGAUUCUUUCUCACAUUCUGGAAAUAAAUUGCAGUUCCUAGAGACUCAAGAAACAGAAAUGUUAACAGCAACAAAGGAGCUAAGCUGCACAAAACUGAAUAAUGUUGUGUCCCAAGACACUAUCUCAGAUGGGGACAAUGGCACUCCUCUCACUAUGCUGUUCAAAGAUUUGGACUUAAAAGUACUGUGGGAUCAGGAUGAAAACACAUAA